UGCCCUGUGAUUAUAUAUUGACCGUUGGCCUUCGACAUACUCUUCUUUCUCACACAAAAUCUGACAGCACGACUGGAGAUAGCCCCUCGCUUUGACAAACCUUACCGUUUACUAGCCUGCUAACUUAGCUACAGGAGCGAUGUAACUUCACCAUUUCUUUUUGCCAAGAUGUAUCAGUUACUGGCUUAAUUUACGCCUGCCGACUUGAAACAUAAACAGAUCCUACGCAAUGGCGAGCAAACGGGGCGGAAAGAAGUCAUUCCAGCAGAGUCUGGAGGACAUCAGGGAGAAGAUGAAGGAGAAGAGGACGAAGCGUCUGUCUGCUGCUACAGCCACGAACAGGAUGAUGAAGAGAAGCAAGAGCAGCGUGCCCCAUAACGUACACACCCUCCUGAAAGGUGAACAGCAGAACAACAAAGAGCUGGCUCUGGCCCUGCAGGCGGAGAAGGAGAGGACCAGGCAGGCCAACGCAGUGAUCCUGCACAUGAAGAGGGAGCAUGAAGCUCUGUUCCUGCACUUCCUGCUGGUCAAGAGGAAACUCAGGCAGCAUGAGGCUUUGGCAGCAAGUUUACAGACUAAAGCCACAGAUGUCUUUGUUGAGCCACAGCACCAUCUGGAUUCAGCAAGAGCAAAGCGGACCAGCGAGAAACUCGAUGAGCACGUUCUUUGUGAAGCUUCACCCACUUGGGCAGAUCCUUUUUCCUUUAAAGAGAAUGGACAAGUUCGUUGUGACAAAAAGAUCACGUUGCCACCGGCAGUCAGCGUGAGGCGUCGACAAACGGACAGAAGAACGAGGAGACAGUCUGAGCGCCUGCGAGCUGCAGAAUCAUUAAAUGAGGGCGACCCGUGUGAUAUUUUUGGAGAUAUUAUACGAAGUCCUGUUGACAGUGACAGUAGAGAGCCAAAUAAAGCACAAUGCGCAGAAACAGAGAUUGUAGCUCACACGGCCACUGAAGAACCGCUUCACUCUACUCCCGACCACGUCCCUCCCAAAAGAAAGCGGCAGCAACCUAGCAAGAAACAAGGUCCCCAGCUGCCCCGGCCCAAACCAGAACCAGCGUCACAGAAACCCGAGAGGGGCCGCAAAGCUGAACGAGCCCCAUUAAAGAAACCGUGGGAGAAUCCCAAACCUAGAGCCCGCUCAAAGAGUCGGAACCGGUCGGCCACGCGGAGUAAAGUGGCACCUCCUUCUUCACAAGGCGGCAAACUCAACACGUCACUGGGAUUUAAUGACACGUUUGACUUUGACUGCGAGGAGGCGGUCCACGUCACACCUUUCAAAGCCAAGGUGGAGGACAACACACCGACUACACCCGUCAGCAGAGAAGUCCAGGAGGAAGUUGUACCUGAUGUUUCCAAACAGGAGGGAUCCAGCUGUGCGUCGCCAUCUUCUGAAUCAGAGGACAGUCUAUAUGUGCCUCAAAAAAACACCAGGCGGAGACGGACUCCUGAAAAGACCAGGGUCAUUCCCACUCGAAGAGGUCGUCUCUCGAAAGUCUCUCGUCAGAAAGAAAAUAUUCCUUCAAAACAGGAAUUCUCUGUCUUCAAAGAUGAAGCAUCAACCCCCAAGGCUGCAGAGACCAAAACUUGUGAAGAUGAAGCUCCUCACUCACGUGCUUCUAGUUUCUCUAACACACCUGACUCCAUCCGGCUGGAGGAGGAAAACCUCCAGGAAGCUCAGAUGAUGGAGCUGGAGGAAGACGUCAGUCCAAUCAAGAUGAUGAGAAUUGACAAGAUCCUGUCCAGCCUUGGACAUGUUCCUAUCGAACCCACCACUGUUUUACCUCAACAGUCGCCACACAGGCCGAAAACAUGCAAGAAACGUGGGAUUGGUGUCAGGACAGCAGGAAGGGGGUUAAGUCUAUGUGAUGUGAACAAUCUGCCCCCUGCAGCCUAUCGCAAGUUCUCCCGUGGCGGCUCGCGCCCCUCAGAUGUUCGAUGCUUGACUCCUAUUCCCGCUCGCAAGCGGCGCUGCACCAUGACGGUGGACUAUAAGGAGCCCUCGCUGAAUGCGAAACUUCGCCGUGGAGACAAAUUCACAGAUGUGGAGUUCCUCUGCUCUCCCAUCUUCAAGAAGAAGCCUGGUAAGAGGUCUGUGCAGAACUCCAGGACGUCCUUGAGCAAGCAGCAGCUGUUUGACAAAUACAACGAGUCCUUCGUUGGUUACUGAAAGAAACUGUAUUAUUUCCCUAUUUACUGAUUUGUUUGUUAAUAAAUUACCUGUUUUUUCUCA